GCAGUUCAUUAAUUUAUUACAAGAAUUUAUUUUUCUUAAUGAUAGUCACCAAACGCAACAACAAAAAUAAUGAAUCGUCAGAUAUUGUUCAUUAUCAAUUUUUAAUUGUUGUUGUUCGAAACAUAUUUGUGUGUUACUGUUUUUAUUUUAUUUAUUCUAACUCGAAAUUAUUAUACUUUAAAGUGACAGUAGUAUUACUGUGCACACUAUUUAUGAGUUGAAAAAAAUUGGCACAGAUUUUGGAAAGGUGGACAUCUGAUCUGAUCUUUUAUGAGUGGUAAAUAAUCACAUGCCACUUCACCAAAUAUAAUAGUGUUCACAUCAAAUGAAAUGUUGAAAUCAUGAUAGUAGAUAAAACAUAUUUAAUAAUCCGAUAGAAAACGACUUAAUACUCACUUUAGUUGGUUAAUACAUCAAAAGGAAAAGUAAUGCAUGCAAGCUAGCUUGAAUUGUCGUAGUUGGAACUAUUUAAUGUCCCAUUUAGACAAUUUACUUGUGGAUUACGUUUCAUUAAUUUAUCACUAACUAGAACAUGUGUUUUACAUUUCAUGUGGUUACAAACUAGUAAUGUCAUCCUAAUGAAAUGAGUUAAUAACUUGUUAGAAAAUACUUUCCAUCUGACAAUAUACAACGCUCACAUAGUAACAAUUAAUCCAUUAUAUUAUCAACGGCUGAUGGGGCUCUGGAUGCCGGGAACUUUCAAAGCUUAUAGAAAAAUUAAGAAAUUAUAUGUGUUGUAAAUAUAAACAUGUUUGUGUGAAAAUAAUGUGAAAAUUUAAGAAUAGACCAACGAAAAAUCUUGUUGGCCGACGUAUGAAAAAUUGAGAUGGACCAAUUAUGAGAGAUGGUGGCACAUGGUGAGGGGGUUGGCCGAAUGUGAAGAAUGGAUAGGCUGAUAUGGAUUAUAUACUAUUCUGUAAUUUGAUUUUGAAAAAUAUGAAAUGGUGACAUGGUGAAUGUGUAUAGAGUGUACAGUUGUUAUCAAUAACAUGGUCGUCUUUUGUUUGGUUAUAGUGAGGCAAAUUAAUUCGAUGCGUGUUCGAGUGGACUCUAUAUCAAGAGAAUCUAUAAUUAGUGGGUUUGUGGUCGGACACAUCAAAAUCCAUGACCAUGUGGAUGUCAUAUUCAUCAUCGUUGUACAUGUGAUGAUGACGACUAACUAUCAACUAGUUUACUAUUUUCUUCUGAGAAUAAGUUGAUCUCUCAUAAACGUAUGGACGCUUAAUCCGAAUUUAACUUUCAUUAGUUUGUUUUUGAUGUAUAUAUUUUUCAUCAUGGUUGUAAACGUGAUGAUAAAUGUUUAAUAUGAUCUUUGGAUUGAAAUUUGAUGUAUAUAUUUUUCAUCAUGGUUGUAAACGUGAUGAUAAAUGUUUACUAUGAUCUUUGGAUUGAAUACGAUCGCUGAACCUUGAGAGUAGAAGUAUUCAAGCCAAAACCAAGUAAAAACAUUAAAGCAUUAAGAUUAAAGCAUCAAACGUUCCAAAGAUUGACAUGUUGCAGAUAUAGAUAUAAAUAGUGGUUUCAAAUUUUUGGAUUGCAGGAAUAUAAAAACCGACCGAGUACAGCUUAUUCGGGUUGGACCGGUUAUGCAACUUAGCAAGGGGCCCAUAAUAGAAACUAAUGAUUGUGGUGGGAGCAAACGAUGCAUGCAAAUGUAGGCAUCACCUGUGACUGGUGUAAUAUGGAAAAAUGAUUCAUUAAUAUCAAAUCUUUGUCUUUUCUUUUUAUUCGUGCAGGGUAUUUUCUGUAUUAUUUAUUUUCCUAUUUUUUUAAAUUAUAAUUAUUUAUCAUCUCACUUCUUGUCUUUUAUUUUGUCUAUUUUUCUGUUCAUCUCUAUAAACUUUUACCCACGAAUUCAAAUUUGAGUCGAUUGUUUCUUCUUUUGGUGUUUUGCAGUACUAAUCAUGACUGUUUCUCUUUUUUCCUAUGCAGUAUGGUAGUUACGAACCGCUUUUCCAAUGUGAUAAAGUCAUAAAACUAGAUUUAUUGCAGGAGGUAGUACAUUUCCAUGUGAAAUUUAUUUUAUUUAUCCCAUUUAUAAGUCUUUAAAAACUGUCGAUAUUCAUAAAAUACUAAGUGAUAUGGGGGCAUUUUAAAAACGUUUUGUAACAAAAAGACACUUCAUAAAAUUAAGGCACUCAAUAUUAUCAUAUCCAAUGUGAUAACAAAAUUAGAUUUAAUAGGAAGAAUCGAAUCUAAAAACGGCAAGUUAGAGAAAAAAAAAAUCGUUUUACUUUAUAAUUUUUUGAAAAAUAAAUACCGUAAACUAUUGCAUAGUGUGUGGGGAUUAAGACCGGUUGUGAUUACAGAAGUACAUACCACAUGAAAACUUAUUUGUUUGACCCCAUGAAGAUUUUGAAAAGUCUUGUGGAUGAUUGAAUAUAACAUAUGUAUAUAGGCUGAUUAACAUUUUAAUUCACUUUAGUUAAAAUAAUAACAGAUUUGUAUUUGUUUAGAAUAUUCAAUUUAUUUUAUAUUAUAAAACUAAGAAAGGUUUAAUAAAAUAAUUUUCAUAUUUAAUAGAAAUAUAUAUAUAUAUAUAUAUAUAUAUAUAUGUAUGAAAAACUAAAUUAUUAGAGCCUCUUUAACGUUGUCAAUCCACAUGGAAUUCUUAAAUAACAAAAAAAAUUUUUUAAUAAAAUUAAAUUAUUUAAUUAAAUUUGUUUUUGUUUUUAAAAUCAAACUAGUAAAUGAUUGACAUUUGGACAAUGAAGUUAGUAUGAAGUUCUAAAUCUUCUACUUUUUUUUCACCUUUUCUCUCUUCUCCCUUUAAUAUUUUUUUUUUAUUUUUAAUAAUUGGAUACUAUAAUAUCCCCAUAAUAUAUCUUUGUUAAAGCAAAUUCAUUCAGACUUUAAUAUGCGGUUGUUCAAAAAGGAAAGUAUGGGUCACAUCUAUUAUGACACCUAGAGCCCAUAAAAGCCCAAUAAGUAAGAGUUCGAUUGGAGGAAAGGUUCCCUGCAAUUCAAUAUUUUACACCGAUGUAACCAUAUGGGAUAAGGAUUUGAGUAUAACUGUAUAAGUAAUUUUGAUAACAUAAUUAUGAGAUGUGAUUAGAAUUUUAUUAUUAGUAAUUUUGAUCGCAUGACAACCAAUGUGCCAAUCAAUGGAGUAGGAGUUAGUUUUGUGGGAUUAGAUUUCGACUGUUACUAGUUUCUGAAUAAUUUCUCAGUACGUGUAGCUAAUCGAAACAUUGAUGUAUAUUAGUUUUCUAUAGGCCCAUGAAAUAUAUAAACAUCAUUGAAGUAUUAUGUAUGAACAAAUUCUAAAUCAACGUUUCUGUUUCUCUAAAAUUGUUCAUAUUAUACUGUAGAUGUAAACAUUUAUCACAUAACAAGUCCUGUAGUUAAUAAUAAGAGAGGAAUAUAUAACAAGGUUGGUAUCAAUAUACACGAGGGGUCCAAAAUAAAAUCACUAAUUCCAAGAUAUCAGAUGCUUCAUAAAACAGAAACUAAUCACCCUACUAUAAAGUCUAUAAUCAUGAUUAGUAAACCAAACUUGUAUUACAGGAUCGAAACUAGUACUUGAUGCGUUGAACCGUACAGUGUUUUUAAUUACGGACAUAAUCUUUGAUUAAUCCAAGGCAAAGAUACUGCAUAAUGAUACUAAAAUUAUGUUCAAGUUCACUGUUACAUAACUAGAUUUUGAUUCGCGGAUCCAUGCGGAUUUUUACUUUGUAUACUAAAAUAUUUUAGUUUAUAUAAUAAAAUUUAUCACUAAAUUAAUGUAAUUUAUAUGUAUUAUAUAACUCUAUAAUAUCCAUAAUUUAAGUAGCUUAUAUUGUUAUUACUAUAAAUUUUGUAACAAAUUUUAUUUUGAGAAUAUUAUUAUGUAACAAUACUAUAUUAUAUAAUUAUUAAUUUUAUCUAAAUUCAAAAUGUAUGUGGAAGUCAAAUUAAAUUGGAUCUACAUAAUAGAGAAGAAAUAUUUUGAAAUAUUAUUAAGAACAACAAACAAUAUAGUUUUUAAAAAACUAUAAUAUACUGUACAUGCAAAAUUAUUUUGUAGUAAAAAUUUUAUUUGAAAAAUUACCUGAAAUACAUAAAGUUGGAUGAUAUAUUUUUAUUUUAUUUCAUUUUAUUUGCAAUAGAAAUGGAUAUUUUUUCUAACAAAAUCUUCUUAACAUCUUUAUAAAAUGUAUUUCAGAAAAUUAAUUAAUUUAAAUAUUUGCCUAUCAUUAAAAUAUAAUUAAAAUAUUUUAUAUGAUUUUUUUCAUUCAUAAAACAAAAAUAAAUUUAAUUUGAAAUUAUAAUUAUAUUUUGUAAUAGUUAAAAUUUAAAUUAAUUUAUUUUCGAAAAUAAAAUUUAAAAUGUUUCUGAAAAUUUGAUAAUUACAUUAUGUAAGAUAAAAAGGUUAAAAGAUAUGAUAAUUAAAUUAUGUAAAAUUUGAUAAACAUUCAAGAGGAUAAUCCAUUUUAAAAUAUCCAUAUAAAAGAAGUCAUAACUUCUGUUUUAAUAUAAUAUAAUAUAAUAGAUUAUUUUGGAACAAAACAUCAAUAAGAAAAUUAAUCACAUCAGUAUUAGUCAGGAGACAAGAUAAACAAAGGUUGUCUGGAUUAUGCCAAACAGUAAGCAUGCAGUCACGCGAAUAUCACGUGUUGUGGCUCCACAUCUUCCUUUGCUACCAUUUCAGGACUUGUCUCUGUUAAGUUACUUUGUUCGCUUCAAAAGCAUUGUUUUUGUCGGCCAAUAACAUUGCAUUAUUGAUCAUUUCUAGUAACAUACUGAGAUUAAAAUGUGUUUGCUGGUUUAUUUUUAUUAUAAAAUUCAAAUGGAAUCUUGAAUAUUGAUGGAGUUUAAACGUAAACCAGAUUGAUCCAUUAAAUAAAUAAAAAUAUUUCUCAACAAAAAUCUGAAAAAGAGAUAACCCCGCAUACGUAACAUCUAAUUGAGAUAUGUCCACAUAAUCUGGACUCGCAUACUAAAAGAAAAUUAUACCUGCUGAUUCGUACAUAUGAAAGAAAUUAAAGUACAAAUUUAAUGUGUUUUCAUCCGCAAAUCAUAAAGUCAUUUGUCUUGAAACACACACAUGGAAAACAUAACUAGUGUAUGGUGACCAUUGAUUAAACAGUUCCCCGUAUUUUAUGCGUUGGUUACCAUAAAAUGUGACUAAUUAAAUUGGUUACCAAAGAAAUACUAUUUCUGAGUUGUAUGGUUUAAGUGGAAACUAUGAAGCAAGGCCAGGUUCAAGUUAUGCUUGAUUGCAUGGUGGAACACGAGAAAAAACAUAUGGGAUUGUGUUUUACAUGCACUUAUUUUGAUAACAGUAUUAGUUUAGGAUCGAUUGACAAAACUUAAAGUAAUAAGCUCAAGUUUCAAUUUUGUUGGGUUUUAUGAAGUCAUGGAUAUAUAUUUUAUCUGUUUUAUCAUAGGUGUGUGUGUUUAUGAUUUUUUAUGAAGUCAUUAAUAUAUUUUCUAAGUUGGAUAUGUAUAAUUUUAGUUGAUAAUGUAACUAAGCAUGCAUGCCACAAGUUCUGUCCAUAUAUACACACACUCCUCCACAAGUUAAGUCUACUUCAAAACCAGUCCUCUUCUAUCAAAACUCUUUCUUCUCUAUCAGUCUAAAACUACAAAAAAAACAAUUCUGCUUUGUAGCUUACUCCUAAAGAGACCAAACAAGUAUCAUUUCAUUCUCAGCAGUCACCAGUGACGACUUCUGUUCAACCAUUGUUAUAUAGAAGCCUGAAAAAUGGAAAUGGAGAGGGUCGUAAGAAGCUCAGAGAGAUCAAAGGAAAAGAAGAGAUCAAUAAGUAGAAGAUUGGGGAAGUAUAUGAAAGAACAGAAGGGAAGGGUUUACAUCAUUAGAAGAUGCGUAGUCAUGCUCCUUUGUUGGCAUGAUUGAUCCCAAAAUAAACAAGUUUUUAGACAAUUCCAAGUUCAAAUGUUAUGUAUCCACUUGCCAUGCGUGUGUGUAUGUGUGUGCAUGUGGACAACUAAUCAAGUGAGGGGAGAGUGGUGUUAGG